AUGAGCGAGUCAAAAUCGGUUAAACCAAAAAGUAACUACAAGAAGUAUCCCCACCGACAGAAUAGAUUUUCCAUGGAUGUAAAUCUAAAGGGGUUUCUGUGCAGUUGUAAUGGUCACGAGAAGGACUGUGUCAAGGAAUCUUAUAAUUUGUUGAAUAAGUAUGCAGAUAUUCUCUAUCCUGAGGAGGAAGAAAAAGUUGAUGACGAUGAAUCGGAUGAUUUGCAAAAGGACAUCCAGAAAAUGCAAAAGAAGAAAACAAAAUUCCAAGUUUUGGAAUCAGGAGCGAAGAACAUUUUAUUCGUUAAAACAACACUUGAAGACCCUGUGUUGUUAGCCCACAAAAUAGUAACUGAUAUAAAUGAAACUAAAUCUCAACAAACCAGGUUUCUCAUAAGACUGGUUCCCAUCGAAACUACAUGCAAAGCAAACAUGAAAGAUCUAGAAAAAGCAUUUACGCCUUUAUUGGAAAAACACUUUAAAUCCGACCCAGUAAACUUUGCCAUAGUUUACAACCACAGAAACGACAAAGGCUUAACACGCGACGAAGUUAUCAAAAAAUUAGGAGAAAUGAUUGCCGAUACAAAAAUUGAUCAUAAGGUUAACCUAAAAGAAGCGGAUGUUUCCAUUAUCGUUGAAGUUGUAAGAAGUUUUGUGUUUAUUGGAGUGGUUCCAGACUUUAUUAAAUACAAAAAAUAUAAUUUAAUCUCAGCCCCUAUUGAUAAUAAAACCGCAGAAAUUAGUGGCGAAUAA